CGGCUUCCCACCCCCAAAAUAAGACGGUGUUCAAACCCCCAAAUCCCACACCGGCCGCCACCAAAAGCUCCGCCAUUCCCAUUCCCAUUCCCAGCCUCUCCCCCUAAACCUUCCCUCCCGAGUCCGACCCGUCGAUCCGCUUCUCCCGCCCCGGUUCCGCCCCUGUCGCGCGCGCCGGCGGGGGUUUCGAGGCCGGUGCGGCGGCGGCGCUGGCCCUCGGCUGCGAAUCCGGUGUCGGCGCGGCGAAGGCGCGUCGUGCGCGGGCGCCUGCUGCUGCAAUGAGGCGGCGCUCCGUGCUGCCGUCGCACCACGACGACGCGGAGAAGGGCGGCGGGAAGCCGCCGCAGUCGCGCCUCUGCUUCCUCGCCACGCUCUGCGUCAUGUUCUGGGUCCUCAUCUUCUACUUCCACUUCUCCGUCCUCGCCCCCGACCCCGACGCGCGGCCCGUCGCCGUCGCCACCCAGGCCCGCAUUGCCCACGACCACCUCCCGGACCGCGUCUCCAACCACGACGGCCUUCUCCGCGCCCCGCCCGCCGUCGUCGGCAUGGAGGAGGCGCCCGCGGCCGUCGUCGAGAAGGAGGAGGCGCCCGCCGCCGUCGUCGAGAAGGAGGAUGUGCCUGUGGCUGUCGUCGGCAAGGAGGAGGUGCCCGCGGCCGUCGUCGGCAAGGAGGAGGUGCCCGCGGCCGUCGUCGGCAUGGAGGAGGCGCCCGCGGCCGUCGCCGAGAAGGAGGAGGCGCCCCCGAAGGAGUACCCGUUCCAGCGGGCGCUCAAGACGGCGGAGAACGCGAGCGACCCGUGCGGCGGCCGGUACAUCUACGUGCACGAGCUGCCGCCACGCUUCAACGAGGACAUGCUCCGGGAGUGCCACAGCCUCAGCGUCUGGACCAACAUGUGCAAGUUCAUGAGCAACGACGGUCUCGGCCCGCCGCUGAGCAACGAGGACGGUGUUUUCUCCAACACCGGCUGGUAUGCUACCAACCAGUUCGCCGUCGAUGUCAUCUUUGGCAACCGGAUGAAGCAGUACGAGUGCCUCACCAAGGACUCGUCCAUCGCCGCGGCGGUGUUCGUGCCCUUCUAUGCCGGGUUCGAUGUCUCAAGGUAUCUCUGGGGGUAUAAUACUACGAUGAGGGACGCCGGGCCGCAUGAUCUGGUGGAUUGGUUGAGGAAGAGGCCUGAGUGGAAUGUGAUGGGUGGGCGUGACCAUUUCUUGGUUGGGGGAAGGAUCGCAUGGGAUUUCAGGCGGUUGACGGACGAAGAAUCUGACUGGGGCAACAAGCUGCUGUUCAUGCCGGCUGCGAAGAAUAUGUCAAUGCUGGUGGUGGAGUCAAGCCCAUGGAAUGCCAAUGAUUUUGCGGUGCCAUAUCCGACUUAUUUCCACCCUGCCAAAGACGAAGAUGUUUUCCUUUGGCAAGACCGAAUGAGGAGCCUGGAGAGGCCGUGGCUGUUCUCAUUCGCAGGGGCUCCUCGUCCUGGUGAUCCAAUGUCUAUCAGAGGGCAGCUCAUUGAUCAGUGCAGGACAUCAAGUUUCUGUAAACUGUUGGAGUGUGACCUUGGAGAGAGCAAGUGCCACUCCCCAAGCGCAAUCAUGAAGAUGUUCCAGAGCUCUUUGUUCUGUUUGCAGCCCCAGGGUGAUUCCUAUACUAGAAGAUCUGCCUUCGACUCAAUGUUGGCUGGCUGCAUACCUGUUUUCUUCCAUCCUGGUUCAGCAUAUGUCCAGUAUACAUGGCAUCUUCCGAAGAAUUAUACGAGUUACUCUGUCUUCAUCCCUGAAGGUGGCGUCCGUGAUGGAAAUGUCAGUGUUGAGGAGAUCCUAAGAAGUAUCCAUCCAGAUGUUGUCAAGCAGAUGAGGGAAGAGGUUAUCAAUCUCAUACCAAAGGUGAUAUAUGCUGAUCCAAGGUCGAAACUGGAAACGCUGAAGGACGCGUUUGAUGUUUCGGUUUCGGCAAUCAUCAACAAAGUGACGCAAUUGAGAAAAGAUAUCAUCUCAGAUAGCGAAGAUAAAGAUUUUAUUGAAGAGAAUAGCUGGAAGUAUGAACUGUUAGAAGAAGGACAGCGGACAAUCGGACCUCACGAGUGGGAUCCAUUCUUCUCGAAGCCCAAGCCCAAAGACAUGGGUGCAGAUUCUGGUAAUUCAUCAGCUGAAGCGGCCAAGAAUUCUUGGAAAAUCGAACGAGGAGACCAGAAUUAGACCGCACAACUGACUGCUCCUAGAGAUGAGCAAAACAGCUAUCCUAGCUGACGGUGCUCUGAUGCAAAUCCGCGGUAAAGAAUCCUUAGAUGCUGUAGCCUUGGUGAUCAUGUAUCUUGUUGAUGAUCCAGCCCCUGCAGCCGGUGUAAGAAACGUUACCACCAAAAGUCCUUGAGAAAAUAUGGCACAUGGCCUUUGCUUUGCCUCUACAGAUAUACUUUCUCAUACUAGAAUUUUCAUUUGUUUUGUUUGCCCAAUAACGCUAUGUAAAUCCUUGCAAGAUCUAGUGGUAUAUCAAAUUUUGUUGCUGUCC